AUGGCUAAACCGGCUCUCAUUUUCGCUCCUGGUGCCUGGUACCCUCCCACAGCUUUUAACCCCAUCAUUGAGAAGCUCACUCCCCAUGGCUAUACUUGUGACACAGUCGCCUUCCCCUCGAUCCAGCAGAAACCCGCUGUUCAGGACCUCCACCAGGACAUCGACGCCGUCCGAAGCCUCGUGGAAACCAAGGCCGACGCAGGAAAGGAUGUGAUUGUCGUCUCCCACAGCUGGUCUGGUCUACCUGUGAACAGCGCCCUGGAUGGCCUGAGCAAGGCCGAGCGUGAACAGGAUGGUAAGGCCGGCGGUGUCAUCCGCCUGGUCUUUAUCUCUGCGUUUAUUCCAGAGAUCGGACAGAGUCUAAUUGGAGCUUUUGGCGGUACACCUCCAGAGUGGUACAUUCGUGAUGAGGAAAACGGCACCGUCUCAGCCAGGGAUCCAGUCCCUCUGUUCUUCCAUGACGUCCCGGAUAGUGACAAGUGGGCCCAAACCCUGCGCCCCCACGCCUGGGCGACAAAGAAUAGCCCCGCCAUUAGCGCGGCCUAUCUCUAUAUCCCUACCUCGUACCUUCUGUGCGAAGAUGACCGCGCGAUCCCGCUGUUCGUACAGGAGUUAAUGGUUGAGAAGGCGCGCAGCCAGGGCGCGCAGAUUGUCACCGAAAAAGUCAAAACCUCGCAUACACCCUGGUUGGUGGUUCCUGAUGUCGUCGUGGAGUAUUUAAGGAAACAGGCGGGAGAGGCUUUGUGA